AUGGUGUUGGGGAAAGAUUUAGUUGGUGUGGCAGCGAAAGUAGGGGGUUGCCGAGGGGGCUCUCAAACAUGUAGUGGGCAGUGGAGGGCCAAGAUGGCAUUUAGCGCGGGCGCGCGGGCGUGGGCGCGCAUGCACGUGUGUCCUAUGAGUGUCAUUAUUCGAGGUAAAUGUUAUGUACGUCUGCGUGGGAGGUAUAAGACGAAAGACUGGGAAUGGGUCGUCGAUGGAAUGGCACUGUAG